AUGCGUCCCGCCAAUCUUCUCCGGGCUCUCCAGCCCCUGCGCUCCUCCAUGAUGCGCUCCACCACCACCACUACCUCCUCCACAACAGCGCCCUCCCUAUACCAAACCACUCGGCGCUCUCUCACGACCACCGUCCCCCGACUUAACGAGCAACAACAACAACAACCCCAACAAGAAGCAGACCUGUCAUCCUCCUCCACUACUACCACCACCACCGUCGUCCCUCCCUCCCUCCGCAGCUACCCCUACAAGACCAAAACCGGCACUGUCGUCUCCGUCGGCCGUAUGGACCGCACUGUCCGCGUCAGCCACCGCCACACCAUCUGGGACGCGCACAUCCAGAAGCCCUACCCCAAGAUAACUACCUACCUGGUUUCGGAUCCGCGGAACUCGCUGCGCGAGGGCGACGUCAUUGAGUUCUCGUCCGGGUACCCGAAGAGCCGGAAUGUGCGGCACGUUGUCGAGAGAAUCAUUGCGCCGUUUGGAUCUGCUAUUGAAGAUAGACCGGCUGUUAUGACCCGCGAGGAGAGGGAUGCUGAGCGUGCGGCAAAGAGGGCUGCUAAGUGGGAGCGUAGGGAGGCGAGGAGGGUGGAGGCUGGUGUCCCUGAGGGUGAGGGGAAGGUUGGGGAGCAUGUUGGGAGGAUUAGGAGACAGAUGGAUUUAUUGGUUGUGGGGUUGCUUUCAUUUUAUUCUGUUCCAAUAUGUUGGUCUGAGUGUAUACACCAAAUGUACAAUUCUGUAUAUAAAGCUAAUUGCGAAGUAGCAGUCAUCUACCGGGGCCUCAAUAUAAAUGCAUCUACUCCGUAG